UGGGUGGGCGUUUUACGCACGACGUCGACAGAGAAGAAGAAGAAUGACGUUGUCGUCGAUGUCGACAAAUGAGUUGCUCGAGCAAGUGGCUAACGUGGAAUGUUCCAUUCUCGCAAAUGUUUUUUAUUAUUCAAUGUUGUUGUUGUUGUUGUCGAUGCUGCUGUCGCAUAAAAAACAAUUUCGAAACGUGCAACAACAAACAGCAGCAGCAGCAGCAACAACAACAACUAGAGAUCAAAUAAAUUAAAUUUACACACAUAGUUAAAUUAGUGAAAAUUGAAUAAAACACAAGAAAGCACACACACACACAUCAAAGAGAAGUGUGACAAAAACGUAAAUAAAAUAGAGGUAUAAAAAGAGAGUGGGAAAGAGAGAGAGAGAGAAAGAAAGAAAGAGCGAGCAAGCGAGGGCAGCAGAUACAGGUCGUCAGCAGACUACGCAGAACGUGUCGAGCAACAAAUUAAUAAAAAUUUAAAAAAAAAGAUUGAAAACAACCAAAAACAACAACAACAAGAAAUACAACACACAACGCCAGCCUCAACCUCAACGUCAGCGUCAACGCCAACGUCAGCGACGCCGUCAACAACAGACGCAGCAGCCGCCGCAGCAGCAGCAGCAGCACAGUCAGAAAAUGGGCUGUGGACAGAGCAAAAUACAUUUAUAUCCCAGGAAAUCGAAGAGUAAAGCAAAUGGCAAGAAAGGAGGACACGCCGAUUCGGAUGCGGAGACGGACGAGGAUGAAGGCCACAUUGAGGAUGCGGAGAAGGCGCAGCAACGUGAGCGCGAGAAGAAUGACGAGACCGAGGAGCAAAGCAAUAAGGAUAUACAGGACACCGAGGAGGACGUGGCCGUGUCGCUGCUGCGUGCCAAAAACCUGUCGCUGCUGCAAAGCCAAGAAAUAUCAUCAAGCCAACAGAAUUUCUUUCGCAUGCUGGACAAGAAGAUCGACGAGGGUCCCGACUAUGACUCGGCCAGCGAGACGGAAAUCGCCUUGGAGGAGGCACGACUGAAUGCACUGGUGCAGCAUUGGGAGUCCGCUAGCCUGACCGCAUCCAUAUGCUCCUCCGCCAGCCGGUCGCUGCAGACGACGCCAAUACGUCAGGUGGUGCAGGUGCCGAACAAGACGAGAGCCGCAGCCGGCAGCAGCGGCCCCGCUGCCCAUCUGCUGCAGCCCGCGGCGGCUUGCAGCACGGUGCCCACGACGGAGUAUCUACCUCAGCACGUCAUGGCGGGGCGACAGCAACAGCAACAUCAGGCGGCAACUCUCUACCAGCAGCAGCAGCAGCUAAUCCUCACGCAGCAGCUUCUGCCGCAGCUCGAUGCCAAUCUCGUCAAUACGUCCAAUGCCAAUGCAGCAGCCGCCGCGCAACUCAAUCAGCUGCAACAGCAGCAGCAACAGCAACUGGUUCUCUACCAGCAGCAGCAACAAAAACAACAGCAGCAACAACAACAACAGCAGCAACAACAACAACAGCAACAACUGGCUGCUUAUGGCGGCCACCUGCUGACGCUACCCGCCGGCGGGAAGCCGCAAAGCGUCAGCCCCAAGCGGAUGUUGUAUGGCGCCGCACCCUCGCCGCCAAUAAGCGCCGCUCCUGUUCAGUACAUUGCCACCAACUCGCCGCUCAUGCAGACUGGCGUGACGGGCUUCCUAAAUGGCGCCGGCGCAACAGCUGGACGCGCACCCUUGCAGCUGUCCUACUACGGAGUACCGAGCACUGCCCCCCAAAGUGCCGCCCAACAAGCAGCCUCAGUUCCCAUCGCCUCCGAAUCUUACGAAACACAAACCGCUCCACACAGCCAAAGCCAGCAGCAGCAACAGUUGCAGCCGCAAACGUCGCAGCUGCAACAACCGCCAAAUGCAGCCGGCGCCUACUACGGCGAGGUCAUGCACACUGUGCAGCAGCCCGCGCCACCAACGGAAUAUAAAUUUCCGCCGGCCAUCAGCGUGCAGAGAUUGGCGCCUCAGGUGCAGCGGCAGCUGCGCGAGACGCAGGAACUUAUAAAAGACUCGUGCCCGCAGCUGUAUGCGGCGGGCUAUGGCAGCCCAGGACCACCGAUACGCAAUCCCAACAGAAAUCCAACUAGAACUAGACCCACCCUGGAGACGCAGUUCUCGCAGGAACUCUCGUGAUAUCUAUAUAUGUAAACAGCAGGCAGAAUCGUAGCAAACCAAACACAACAUAAUUAGUCAACUGCGCCAAAGAAACAAAAAUUAAGCAAAAUUAACGCAAAAAAAAAAACAAUUAAAUUUAACUAGAAAAAAAAAUAUUUAAAAAAAAGCGAAAAAAAAAUCGAUAAAAAUUGUAAAACUGCACUCAAUGUUUCAGUACUCCCCCCGAAAACUUAGAAGAGCAACAACAACUACUAAUACUACUGAAAAUUAUGCGAAUCAGGAAAUAAAUUGCAUUAUAACUAUAUAUAUAUACAUAUAUAUAUAAAUAUGUAAAACCCGAGUAAUCAGCAGGCAGCCAAAAAAUUCGAAAGAUAGAAGGUUUAGUAUGAGCCAGACAAAUAGUUUAAGGAUCGAGUAUGAACACAUAAAGCUAUGUAAUAAAAGUAAACACAAAGAAAAACCCGUUAGCACGUUACAAAGGCAACAAAGAAACACAAAACAAACAUAAACAACAACAACAAAAAUGACUUCUACAUUCUCACAAUUUUGUUAGUCAUAAUCAUAUUCACCGUGUAAUUUUUAAAAAUAAAUUCUGUAAAAUGUGUGAACUUAACAAAUUUUGAAAAGAAAAGAAAACCAAAAAAAAAAAAAAAAAAAUUGUAAUACGAGUAACGUUGAAGCUAGAAAAGAUCAAUGUAUCGAUGAAUGGAUGGAUGAUAGCCACUGAUUAAAGAUCAUUUAUUGAAUGAUAUAUAAUGUCGGUGAUGCUGUCUAGUAAUAUUUGUAUACUUUAGUUCUAUUUAUUAUUAUGAUAAUUUUGGAUGUAUAAUAGUUUUUCUUAUAUAAAAUAUAUAUAUAUAUAUAUUUAAAAAUGAAAAUAAAAGCAAAUCAAUUAAGUUUAGAAAAACCGAACCUCAUUAAUAUAACAAAUUGUGGAAAAGCGCCUGGAAUCGUAAGUAUAA